AUGCAGGUGGCGCGCAUUAAGUCGCCUAAACAGAAUCUAAAUUCCUUCGCACUUGAAAAAACGGUCAUGAAUACAACUACGGCGAUUUCUAAGCUCGCAUUAUUUUCGGGUGAUUACGACGUAGCGAUCACUGGGUGUGCGGCGCGCACCCUGCAACAUUAUCCCCCUAUUGCCGUGUUUAUUACUGACGUGGCAGCGCCGCGUUUUGGAUCCUACGUUUACACCAUUGGCGAUCGGAAAAGUGGUGAAACUUUUGCGACGGUAAUUCAUGAAUCCGAUGCCGAUACCGAGGAAAUGUGCCGGAAUAUGGGUCGGGUUUUAGCUAAGAAAUUCGAGGUGCCCGUAUAUACGAAUAUCAAUGGACGGCUAGACCCAGGUAGUUACCAAGAGCUCCUUAACCAUGUCAUUGAUCGAGCAUCGAGUGGCACUCACUAG